AUGAGGGAAAUGCCUUGCUUCUGCCUGAUUCUGUCUUUCUUAUGGGAACAGAUGGUAAAGGCUUAUAAAUAUGUGAGCGGUAUUUUCUUGUUGACUCAUCCGUCAAACCAGCCAGCCUCAGAUUGUUCCGGGCAGCCGACCAAGAUGGACGUAAGUUUACUCGAAGAGCAGUACGGUUCCCUCAAACAGAAGCAGAGGCUGCAGACGCACAUUAUUGUCUUUAAAACAGGAGAGCAUGAGACAGUUCCUGAAGGCUCUGUGGUCAGCACCGUUUUAGUCAACAAAAAGAUGAAGAAAGCCAAAGCGUUUCAAGAACCCGUUCCCAUCAGGGAGGUCAGCCUUGGGUUGCCCUGUGCUGGCAAUAUACAAGAGAGUUCACCCUGGCGUAUCCAUCUGGGUCUCCACCGUCUUGCAGAAGGCGAGCAUCACAAAGUUCCUUGGGGGGUUAUCCAGAACAAGGACGAACGGAUUUACACUAACAGCGAAACAACUUCGCAAGAGGAAAGCAUAGCCUCGACGGAAGAGUUCUUAACGGGGAGUGAACAAUCCAUUGAGCCAGUCAGUAAACAGGGAAAUUCAAGCCCUGCUGAAAAGACCGAGCGUUCCAUUCCAGCCGGGUGCACAGAUCUUCCUUUGACGUCAAUUAAUGCACCACUGUGGACAGAAAUCAGGGCCUCCAAGCUGGCCCCAGCAGGACCCAGUAAGCUAACUUACUACCCUUUCCCUCAGAAAAAAACUCCCAGGAUUUCUGAAGCCGCAAGGAGACUUGGAUUGUACGUUUCACAGUGA